AAAAACGGUUUCUUUUCUCUCAUCGUCGUCGACAACAGCGACGGCGGCGACGACGACGGCGGCGGCGGCGGCGGCGGUGGUGAAGAAUGCGGCAGAGCACCGCUUGACAAGAAGCAGUGUCGCAUGUGCGAACUGGCCAUGAAAGAGCUGGAGAACAUUGACGACGAGGCGGACCAACUGGGCAUCGCCUUCGUCAAGAUCAACGACCAGAACCUGGCGCAGGACUAUUCCUUGGACACCCUGCCUGCCCUGGUCUACUACCGCCGCCAAGUGCCCAUCAUCUACGAAGGCGACCUGUUGGAAGAGGAAAUGGUGCUGGAGUGGUUGGUGCGGCAAAAGAGCACCGGCGACGACAAUGACGUCAUUGAGGACGUGUCCGCCCGCACUUUGGCAACACUCAUCCACUCUGUGCAGAACCUGGCGGUCCUGUUCUGUGAGUUAUUGCUAUCCGCUGCAGCAUAUGCAUGCCAGGCUUUGUCCCCAACUGGGCACGAAGCUGAUGACGAGGCCUCUGCCGUCGCUCUGGCCGAGCUGGAGAACAUCGACGACGACUGCGACGGCAAGGGCAUCCAGUUUGUGAAAAUCGGCGACGCGGAAACGGCACGCGAAUACGGCAUCGACGAGUUCCCGGCCCUGGUGUACUUUGAGAACGAGAUCCCGAGUCUGUACGACGGCGACCUGAACCAGGAGGAGCAGGUGCUGGCCUGGCUCCUGGGCCAGCUGGUGUCGGACGAGAUCGAGGACGUCAACGACGAGAUGCUCGACCGGCUGAUUGCCAAGACCAAGCACUUGGCCGUCCUCUUUUGUAUUUAUUUUGACGUUGGGAAGAAGGGAACAGGAAAUCACAACAACACAUUUUUGCUGGAUGGAGUCCAACUUUGCCCUAGGCCACCUGGCUUGGCUGUCAUGGCCUUCAACAAAAUUAAAACCUGGGCCCACCCAAGAAAAUCCGUGCUUUGUCCUGCAAUGGGAAAGAACCUGUUGCUGCGGAAGGAAAAUAAUGGCCAACAGGCCGCAGAAAGUUUGUCUUAUGGAGAUGCCCCCAGGGAAAAGGAAUCGGCCCGGGUCCUCAAGGACCUGGAGACCAUCGACGACGAGUGCGACCAACACGGCAUCGCCUUUGUCAAGAUCUCGGACGCAGCUGAGGCCAAGGAAUACGGGUUCUCCAAGCUGCCGCAGAUGGUGUACUUUGAGAACGGGAUCCCGUCCCUGUACUCGGGUGACCUGGCCCAGGAGGACCAGGUGCUGGACUGGCUCGUGCGCCAGGUCGAGUCGGACGAGAUCGAGGACGUGACUGACGAGAUGCUGGACAUGCUCAUCCAGAGUGCUCAUGGGCACAAAAUUGUGCAAAAUAUCCUGACUGUGCUGAAGAAGGACGACGGGGAUGAAAAGAAGAGCAAGAAGGUGGUGGAUGAACUGGAGAACAUUGACGACGAGUGCGACCAGCACAACAUCACGUUUGUCAAAAUUGACGACGAUGCCGAAGCCAAGGAAUAUGGCAUUGACCAGCUGCCGACCCUGGUGUACUUUGAAAAGUCCAUUCCAACCAUUUACGAAGGUGACUUGAUGAACGAACAAGAGGUCCUCGAGUGGCUCAUCUUCCAAAAGGAGUCGGACGAGAUUGAGGAAGUGACGGACGAGAUGCUGGACAAGCUGAUCGAGUCCGAGCCCUACCUCGCCGUCCUUUUCUACGACAAGGACGACAAGACUGACGUCAAGAUCCUCAACGAGCUCGAAACCAUCGACGACGAGUGCGACCAGCACGGGAUCGCCUUUGUCAAAAUCGACAACGACGCGGAGGCCAAAGAGUACGGGCUGGAAAUGGACAAGUUGCCGCAGCUGAUUUACUUUGAACACGGGAUCCCGUCUAUUUACGAAGGUGAUCUGGACUUGGAAGAAAAAGUGCUCGAGUGGCUCAUUAUGCAACGGCAAGAGGAUCGAAUUGAGGAAGUGACCGAUAUGAUGUUGCAGCAGCUGAUUGGCACUUCACACUACGUGGCGGUGUAUUUCACUGGAGAGGAAUGCCUGGCUGGCCAGGAAUGCGACCGGAUCCUGGGCGAGCUGGAGAACAUCGACGACGAGACGGACGCCCACGGCCUGCACUUUGUGCGGACGGACGACGUCGCUGUUGCCCGUCGCUACGGCGUCAAAAAGUUCCCCGCCAUCGUCUUGUUCCGCAACGGAGAACCGCUCCACUACACCGGCGAGCUGGACGACGAGGACGAGGUCUUGUCCUGGCUCACGGACGGCGACAACCUCGAGAUCGCCGACAAAAUCGAGAGUGUCAAUGCCAAGAUCCUGUCCCGCCUCCUGGACACCGAGGGCAACGUGGCCAGGUUUGAGCCACAAAACAAAGCCCUUUUGUUCUGUGGAAACAUAGCAGAAUUGCCCAAAAUUGUUACCUGUGAUAAUCUGGGGCUUAACCCUUCUGCGGCAACGGACGCCCCCGGCGACAGGAAGGCCGAGAGGAUCCUCGCCGAGCUCGAGCACAUAGACGACGAAUGCGACGCUGCCGGGAUCGACUUCGUCAAGAUCUCGGACAAGAAGCUGGCGGCCGAAUACGACGUGGUGUCCCUGCCGGCGCUCAUCUACUUCCGCCGCAAGUUCCCGCAAAUCUACGAAGGCGACUUGCACAAGGAAGACGAGGUCUUGUCCUGGCUCCUCUCCACCAAGGACGCCACGCCGUCCAACGACGUCAUCGACCUGGUGGACCGCAACAUGCUGGAAAUGCUGCUGCAGCACUACGAGAACGUGGCAGUCUUCUUCUUCGAGAAAAACUGCAAAACGUGCGACAAAAUACUCGACGGCCUGGAAACCAUCGACGACGACACCGACAAGGUCGGGAUCCACUUCGUCAAGGUGAUGGACUCCAAACUGGCCCGGGAACUCGGGGUCGUUGUCUUUCCGUCGCUGGUCUACUUCGAAAACAAGUUCCCGUCCAUCUUCGAGGGUGAUUUGUUGGACGAGGAACAGGUGCUCGAGUGGCUCGUCUACCAAAAGCUGGAGGACACCAUCGAGAACAUCAACCGGGAAAUGCUGAACCUUAUGAUUGAGACCAAGGACUAUUUGGCAGUCAUCUUUUGUAGAGAGAACAUAUUAGUUUCGCGGGGAACCCCUUACAUA